AAAAUGGGCUCAAAAGCCACAUUGACUCUCAUCAGUCACAUCUAGUCAUAUUCCGGAUAAAGGCAAUGAAUAGAGGCUAAGCUUGAAGAGCAACUUUGUUCCAACCUUAAAUACAAGAGGCAGUUUUUUCGUUCAGAUGUAAAUAAAUAUACUCUCUCCGUUUCAAUAUACUUGAUGUUUUAGAGAAGUUUUGUUGUUUCAUAAUAAAUGAAGUUUACACAAAUCUAUGUAACUUUAACUUUAUCAAAAACUGUGUAACUAAUUGAAUUUUUCUUAUUUUUAUUUAUAAUUAAAUAAAUUAAUUUUAUAUUGUAAUUUAAUGAUAUUUUUGAUAAAAGAAUAGUUUUUCUUAAUCUUUGUGCAUUGGAGUAAAACAUCAAGUAAUAAGAAACAGAGGGAGUAUUUGCUACUCUUCUGGCUGUUACAUCUCAAGUAGUUUUGUUAUGUGAUAAAACUUCAUUUCGUUUUCAUAUCUGGUUCUUGGUGUCACAUAUUCUCAUUAUUUGCUAACAUGAAAAUAAGUUUAUUUUAUUAUUUGCUUUGAGGUAUUGUGUACUAAGUACCCUCAUAAGUGUUUGAGGAAGAAAAUUGUAGCUUUAGGUCCUUUUCAAAGAUUUGUUAUUUGCUUAUGCAUUGUUACAAUCUUGAUUGAUUUUCUUUUUGUUUAAAGGAAACAUCCAAGCGAUUCAAGAUAGUGGUAAGGAAAGUAGUAGGCUUGCUGAUACUCAGUCACAAAAGGUACACUGUCCUAUGCUUUUAAGGGAGCUUGUGAGGUCCCCAAUGGUUUGCUGCAUGAAAAUUCACAAAUCAAAGCAAAGAAAAAGGUACUUAACGGGCCCAUAUGUUACAUAAAGAUAUGUUUUUCAUCUUUAAAUUAGGGCCAAUCACUGAUUUAUCUUCUAAGGUAUAUAAAAACAACUUGAAUGCUUGUUUUUUUUUGCUUCCUACUUCUCUUUCCCCUUUUAGCUUCUUCUGUCCAAAGAUCUCUCUCUAUUUAUGUGACAGUCACUUCACCAACAUCAUGGAUGUUCUGCUCAGUCUAUUCUUGGGUUUGGUUGGUCAGUUGUUCACGUUAAACAGGAAGCUGUAGGGACAUAAGCUGCAGUAUGGGUGGAAGUGGCAUUAGAGCUUUGGUUAGAUCUGUUGUGUCUCUAGUUAUCAUUGUGUUACUUCUUGUCAGUAUCUUAGCAAACUCUGCACCAAGUGUUCCAUCAACAGAAAACGUCAAGCCUUUGCGGUUUAGUGGUAAGGAUGCGAAUCUGUUUCAUGUGAGCAAGCGAAAAGUUCCAAAUGGACCGGAUCCUAUCCACAACAGGAAAGCAAAAACUUCGAGACGGCCAACACGAGUAUGAUAUAGCUCUGAUAUAUACGACGUGCAUGACACUUACUAAUUUAUGCGACCUCUCCACGUCAAGAAGCUACUAUAUUUGGGGGGCAAUCCAUACUGUCAGAUUCAAUAUAUGCUAUAUAUGAACUCAUAGCUUGUGAAGCCUUGCUCUGUUUUUGCAAAGGUGUAGUCUCAUCUUGCUUUGUAGCAUUUUGGAAGUGAAGUUUUAGCUCUCUUUUACUCUUUUUUUAAGGAACAUUGCGUCUGAAGUUUGAAAUCUUUAGUGAAGGUGAGAAGAUUGAAGCAGAUAUUAUAGACUUUUAAGGGCUUUGUAGUUGUAGGGUUUUGUAAUUAGAUUUGUAUUAAUUAUAAGCUUAUGUCUUCAUCAAACUCUCCUGGGUUUCCUUUGCUAAAGCAAACCAUUAACUUAAA